CCAAAACGUUUGGUAUUUCUUCUCUUCUUCCUCAUUUCCUCUUAUGCACUCCCACACUGUGAACAAUAAUUCUACAAAGCUUGGACCUUUUCAUCUUCCUCUUCCACUUUUUGUUUCUGGGGUGUCCCCUUUCUUUUGAUUCUCCAGUGGAUCAACACAGAGUUGGAACUCAAAGCAUGGAAAUGAGCUUUGCUUUUUGAGGCCCCUCUAAUUUUUAUGUGGUUUACAUACUAUUUCCAAAGCUUUCCAUAGUUGAAUCAUGGCUGCUGAGACUUCUGGUGACCCAAAUUUGUUAAGAGGUUCAGAUUUUGGAGAUGGUGGGAGAGUGACUUUGAAGCAGCACCCCACAUUUGAGGAAAAUCAAGGCCGUUCAGUAGUGAGGAAGAGAGCAUUAGCAUUAGAUAACAGUAAAUCUCCUGACGCUUCUGUUAAGAAAUCAAAAUUGUCUUCAUAUGAUGAUGAGGAUGAUGCUGAUGAUAUAUUGGACUCCCUGGAGAGAGAGAUUGAGUACUGCACCAUAGCACUUCAAAAUAAGAAAAAGAAAGUUGCUUGUAUUAGAAAAAUCAAUGAAGUUUACAAGAAAAUGCAGAAGAAAAUUGAAGAUUGUGUCUGUGAUUUUGUCCAGAACGAAACACUGCAUGGUUUGAUGGAGGACUUGAUUAGAGAGCGCGAGCUACAACUCAAGACCAAAGAGGAAGAGCUUGAUGCAAUAAAGAAGUUAAUUGAUGGACAAGCAAAAGAACAUGAGUCAGAAAGGAAGAAGUUAGAUAGGGUAAUCUCAGAAAGGACUUUUCAAGAGAAGAAAUUUGACUUGAUGAACAAUCAAAUUAAAGGUCGGCUUACGGAGCUUGGGUCAAUACAGGCGAAACUUGAAGUUGGAGUGGAGGAGUUUAAGUUAAAAGAAGAGGAAUUUAGUCGCCAAGCAAAGGAUCUUGAGUCAAAAAGAAAGCAUCUUGAAGAGCAACUACAGGAGCUCAAGUUAAAAGAGAAACAACUGAUAGGUCAAGAGAAGGAGCUUGAAUUAAAAAACAAGCAUUUUGAAGGUCAGGUGAAGGUGUUUGAAUUAAAAAAGGAGAAAUUUGAAAGCCAAGCAAAGGAGCUCAAAUCAGAUGAGAGAAGAGAGAAGCAAAAUGAAUUACCAGUAAAAUCAUUUAAAGAGGAAAAUGAAUUGGAUGAACCUGAACUGCCUGACCAUCGGAUUCUAGUUGAUCUUGAAGCAACAUCGGAUCCAGCAAAAGUUGUCUUGGAUAUAAUACAAAAGCCCAUUGUUCCGCUGUUUAAGAACAAAGAAAAAGCUUUUAUUAUGGAUAGCAGCCACAUCUUUCUGCUCAAACAACUUUUGAGAAUCUCACCACAUAUUAAACCUUGUGUAAGAGUAGAAGCAAUGAAGCUUGCACUUGAUUUGGAAGGUAACAUGAGAACAAGUUCUAAAAAUCCUUUGGAGAUUCUCGGAUUUCUACUCCUUCUGUCAAUAUAUGGAUUGGUUCCUUUCUUUGAUGAAGAAGAAGUUUUAAAGCUUUUAAAAUUUGCAGGCAAAAGCUCUGAUUUCAUUCAGAACCUUGUUAAGAAGGAGCAACAUAUUGAAGCUGUUAGAUUCAUCUGUGCAUUUAAAUUGGCUGACAAGAAUCAGCCUGUCGAUCUCUUGUGGGAUCACAUACAGAAUGCAAAACUGGUUUCUGAGAACACCACCUCCCUUGAAAUCCAGGAUAAGGCCAGAGAUCAAGAAGUUGCCACUUUGACAAAUGUUCUACUGUCGAUUUCAGACAACAAGUUAGAAUCUGAGGGUCUACUUAAUGAGAUUCAAGAUCGCAUUCUUGAGCUAAAUAGGCGAAACAGAAGUAGUGUUUGUACUGGAACCUGGUCCAUCCUCAAAAUGUGCAACAACCUAAGGAAAAGAAAUGUGGGUUCGAAAUGUGGAAGAGGAAUGGAACCGUCUGAGUCCAAGUCAGCUGCUGCAGUUUCCUAUGGUGACGUUCCGCAACAACAACAACUGAGUAGUUCUGAGCCUUCUCCCCAUGCUCAUCCUCAGUCCUCAGAUCUCAACCACGCGGCGAAGGAGGGCGCACUUGGUGGAGAGCUUCAGAACAAGUUUGAUUUCAAGGGUGCGGAUGAGGGGGACGCUGAAACUCGUGAGAAAGAUUUAGACUUUAACGAUCAGGAAUCUGGUAAAGGUGAAGGAUGUGCUGAAGAUUGUUUAAUCUACAUGAAGACUGGGAGUUGCAAGUUUGGAUCCAGUUGCAGGUUUAACCACUCCAUUAGGAGGAGAAGCCAGGCUGUUAAGGAGAAGGCUGGAGAAGCAACAGAAAGAUCAACAGAAGUAUGCAGGAAUUAUCAAAGGUAUGGGGUUUGUAAGUAUGGAAAAGCUUGUUGGUAUAUCCACACAAGAGGAAACAGUUCUGAUCAGGCAUCUGAGAGGAGCAUGAACAACCCAGCAACCGAAACGAAUGUCCGUCAAAAGCAGAUUUCAGUUGAAGAAGAGUUGCCAGAAAGGCCUGGUGAACCUGAAUGCCAGAACUAUUUAAAAACUGGGGAUUGCAAAGAAGCAACAGAAAGAUCAACAGAAGUAUGCAAGAAUUAUCAAAGGUAUGGGUUUUGUAAGUUUGGAAAAGCUUGUCGGUAUAUCCACACAAGAGGUAACAGUUCUGAUCAGGCAUCUGAGAGGAGCAUGAACAACCCAGCAACCGAAACGAAUGUCCGUCAAAAGCAGAUUUUAGUUGAAGAAGAGUUGCCAGAAAGGCCUGGUGAACCUGAAUGCCGGAACUAUUUAAAAACUGGGGAUUGCAAAGAAGCAACAGAAAGAUCAACAGAAGUAUGCAGGUACUAUCAAAGAUAUGGGGUUUGUAAGUAUGGAAAAGAUUGUUGGUAUAUCCACACCAGAGGGAACAGUUUUGAUCAGGCAUCUGAGAGGAGCAUGACCAACCCAGCAACCGAAACGAAUGACCAUCAAAAAAAGAUUUCAGAAGAAGAAUUUCCAGAAAGGUCUGGUGAACCUGAAUGCAGGAGCUAUUUAGAAACUGGGGAUUGCAAAUCUAAAUCUGAUUGUCUGCCUCUACAAAACCUCAGUGACAAGGGUCUGCCUCUGAGGCCCGACCAGAACGUCUGCUCGCAUUACAGUUGCAAAUUUGAAUCAGCUUGUAAGUAUCCUUACUACCCAAUCAUGGCUGCUGAGGCUUCUGGUGAACCAAAUUUGUUAACUGGUUCUGAUUUUGGAAUUGAUGAUGAUAUCCCUAUCCAGAUUUCUGAUAUGGGAACAUCUAGCAGUAACUUUGAUGAUCCUACUACAUUGCCUGUUAAGAGACCAUUAGAUAACAGUGAAUCCUCACACAAUUUGGUUAAGAAAUCAAAGUUGUCUUCAUAUGAUGAUGAUGAUGAUGAUGGUGAUGAUGAUGAUAUUGCUUUUUCCUCCAUAGUGAAAAAGACGGCCGUAUCAGCUGAUCAUUCAUUAUCCAUGUUGAAGAAGUUCAUAGACAAAGAACUUGCCUUGGUAGAAAGAUCAUUUGAGGAAUGCCAAAGGAAGAGGCAAGUAGAAGAGCAGAGAUUGCACUCGCUGCAGAUGAAAAUUGAAGAAUGUGUCUGCGAUUUUGUGACCAGGGAAACACUGCAUAAUUUGAUGGAGGACUUGGUUAGAGAGCGCGAGCUACAGCUCAAGACAAAAGAGGUAGAAAUUCAUCAAGUCAUGCAUAAGAUGAAUAAAGAACGGGAAGGAAAGGAAGAGGAACUUGAGGUUCUUUGCCAAAAGAUUGCUCAAUGUACUGCGGAACUCAAGACCAAAGAGGAAGAGCUUGAUGCAACAAAAAAGUUAAUUGAUGGACAUGAAAAAGAACUACAGUCAGAAAGAAAGAAGUUACUUCAGGAAAUCUCAACAAAAACUGGUCAGCAUGCUCAAAUGAAAAAGGACUUGGAGACAAUGAAGAAGCAACUUGAUGGCCAGAUGAAGGAGCUUGAGUCAAUGGAGAUGCAACUUGAGGGCCGUGAGAAGGAGGUAAACUUAAAAGAAAAGGAAUUUGUAGAACAAAUGAAGGAUGUUGAAUCCAAAAAGAAGCAUUUUGAAAGCCUAAUGGAGGAGCUCAAAUCAAAAGAGGAGCAACUUGAAGGCCGAGCGGAGGAGCUUGAGUUAAAAGAGAAGCAAAUUAAAGGCCAAGUUAAGGAGUUGGAAUCAAAAGAGGAGGAACUUGUAGAAAAAGUGAAGCGUGUUGAAUCAAAAGAGAAGCAUUUUGAAAGCCUAAUGGAGGAGUUCAAAUCAAAAGCAAAGCAACUUGAAGGCCGAGUGGAGGAGCUUGAGUUAAAAGAUAAGCAACUUAAAGACCAAGUUAAUGAGGUAGAAUCAAAAGAGGGGGAAUUUGUAGAACAAGUGAAGGACCUUGAAUCAAAAACGAAGCAUUUUGAAAGCCUAAAGGAGGAAUUUGUAGAACAAGUUAAGGAUAUGGAAUUGAAAAAGAAGCAUUUUGAAAGCCUAAUGGAAGAGCUUAUAUCAAAAGAGGAGCAACUUGAAGGCCGAGUAGAGGAGCUUGAGUUAAAAGAGAAGCAACUUAAAGGCCAAGUUAAGGAGUUGGAAUCAAAAGAGGAGGAACUUGUAGAAAAAGUGAAGCGUGUUGAAUCAAAAGAGAAGCAUUCUGAAAGCCUAAAGGAGGAAUUUGUAGAACAAGUUAAGGAUAUGGAAUUGAAAAAGAAGCAUUUUGAAAGCCUAAUGGAAGUGCUCAAAUCAAAAGAGAAGAAACAUGAAGACCAACUAAAGGAGCUCAUGUUAAAAGAGAAACAGCUAAUAGGUCAAGAGAAGGAACUUGAGUCAAAAAACAAGCAUUUUGAUAGAGUAGAGAAGGAACUCAAAUCAAAAAAGAAGCAAUUUGAAGGUCAGGUGAAGAAGUUUGAAUUAAAAGAAAAAAAAUUUAAAGGCCAGUUGGAAGAGCUUGAAUCAAAACAGAACCAUUUCAAUAACCAAGCAAAGGAGCUCGAGUCAAAAAAGAAGCAACUUGAAGGUCGAGAGGAGAAAAUUGUGUUAAAAGAGAAGCAACUCAAAGGCCAAACUGUGGAGUUUGAAUCAAAAGAGGAGAAAUUUGUAGAACAAGUGAAUGAUCUUGAAUCAAAUAAGAAGCAUUUUGAAAGUCUAAUGAAGGAGCUCAAAUCAAAAGAGAAGCAACUUGAAGGCCUAUCGAAGGAGCUAAAUUUAAAAGAGAAGCAACUUGAAGAUCGAGUGAAGGAAUUUGAAUUAAAAAUGGAGAAAUUUGAAAUACAAGUAAAGGAGCUCAAAUCAGAUGAAAGAAGCGAGAAGAGAAAUGAAGUAUCAGUAAAAUCAUUUGAAGAUGAAAAUGAAUUGGAUAAUCAAUUUUGUCCCUCCAUUGAUGGAAGAAGUUUGCAGUUCCUAUCAAAUGAGAAAGCAGAUGAACCUGAAUCGUUUGAAAAUGACAUUCUAGCUAAUCUCAAAGCAACAUCAGAUCCAUCAAAACUCGUUUUGGAUAUCAUACAGAACCCCCUUAUUCCAACGUGUGCCGAGGGAGAUAAUGCUGUAAUUCUUGAUAGCACUCACAUUGUUCUUCUAGAACAACUGAUGCAAAUCUCUCCACAUGUUAAACCUCAUGUGAGAGAAGAAGCAAUGAAGCUAGCAAUUGAUCUGAAAGCUAACAUGAGAGCUAAUACUGAGAACUCUUCGCUAGUUCUGUGUUUUCUACUCCUCCUUUCAAUUUACGGAUUGCUUCCUUGUUUUGGUGAAGAUGAUGUUUUAAAGCUUUUUGAAUUUGCUGCUCAUCACAAGCAAUCUGUAGAGCUGUUUCGGAACCUGGGUUUUGCCGACAAGGUCCCUGAUUUUGUUCAGACCCUUAUUAAGAAGCAGCAGCAUAUUGAAGCUGUUAGAUUCAUCUGUGAAUUUAAAUUGGCAGACCAGAGUCAACCAGUUGAUCUCUUGCGGGAAUACACGCAGAAUGCAAAACUGAUUUCUGAGAGCUGUUGCAGGAACACCAAAUCCCUUGAAAUCAAGGAUAAGGCCAGAGAUCAAGAAAUUGCUACCCUGAAAAGUGUUCUACAGUGCAUUUCAGACAACAAUCUAGACUCUGAGGGUCUAAUUAGCGAGAUUCAUGAUCGCAUUACUGAGCUAAAUAGGCAAAAUGGCAGUGGUGUUUAUUUCCUAAGGAAAAGAAAUGUGGUAAAGAAAAGAUUCUAAUGGGUACUUGUUGGGGGUACAUGUUGAACUUCUCUGAUGAAUUAACAGGACUCUCUAUACCUAUGUAAAUAGUCUGUAAAGAAAGAAUUGAAGAGGGGAAACUCAUUAUAAAUUUACAGGGUUGUCUCUAUUUCUUACUAUUUUUUUUUCUUUUGUAUUUUGGUUUUUUCUUAUUUCCCAAAGGCUUAGAUUUGAUAUCUAGAAAUUGGACCCUGUUUAAGUUGAGAUAAGUUGGAUGAACCUAUUAAGUUAGUGAGGUUUUUCAAUGUCUAUCUUUUGUAUUUAUAAGACUCAGUCAAUUUUUACAAAACUUCAACUGCAGAUGUUAUUUAAGGGAAAUGAAGCUCUAUUUCAA